CAGCGGCUCCCUCUCCGAGUGGAGCCGCCCAGCGCCCAGUUCUCCGCGCUGCCCGCCUUCCUCGGCGGCCGCGAUCGCGGACCCACCCUCCAGCCGGACCGCGACCUCCCGGCGCCCAGCGCCGCCCGGUGCCUCGGCGCCCCAUCUACGGACCCGCGCUGCCCAGCGUCCCUGCCCGCGAGCGCCUCGGCGCUUCUCCUGUACUCCGGCCGCGGAGGAGCGACCCACCCACCCCGGAGGACAGGGAAGGACAGGACCGCGCCGGGCGCACCGAAACCGAGAGCCGAGAGCGGGCGAGCCGGAGCGGAGCUCUAGCUCUGGACACGCGUGUGCCGCGUCGUGGCGGCUCCGGGAGGCGCUCCCGGGAGGUCCCGUCUCCAGGGGGCGGAGCGCUAGGGGCCGCGGCUGCGGCUCCGCGUCGGGGCAGAGUCCCGCUGAGCCGAGCUAGGCUGCCGGCGAGCCCCGAGCCCAGCUGCGGACCUGCGGAGGGGAGCGCGGCGCGCGCCGUCGGGCAGAGCCGGGUCCCGGGACCGCGAGGUCGGGAGCGCGCCCACCAUCCCCCAGCCGCCGGGCCCCGAGCCCGCCAGGCGCGCACCAUGAGCGGCGGCGAAGUGGUCUGCUCCGGGUGGCUCCGCAAGUCCCCUCCGGAGAAAAAGUUGAAGCGUUAUGCAUGGAAGAGAAGAUGGUUUGUGCUACGCAGUGGCCGUUUGACUGGAGAUCCAGAUGUCUUGGAGUAUUAUAAAAAUGAUCAUGCCAAGAAGCCUAUUCGUAUUAUCGAUCUCAACUUAUGUCAGCAAGUUGACGCUGGAUUGACAUUUAACAAGAAAGAGUUUGAAAACAGCUACAUUUUUGAUAUCAACACUAUUGACCGGAUUUUCUACUUGGUAGCAGACAGUGAGGAGGAGAUGAACAAGUGGGUCCGGUGUAUUUGUGACAUCUGUGGGUUUAAUCCUACAGAAGAAGAUCCUGUGAAACCGCCUGGCACCUCCUUGCAGGCACCUGCUGACCCAGCUUUCGCGCUAAACACGGCAGCAUCCUGCACCCAGGCAGAGCCGACCUCUGCUGCUCUACCUCCUCCAUAUCAGCUCAUCAGCCUGCCACCAUACCCGGAAGCCCUUGGUAUCCAGGAUGACCCUCAAGACUACCUCUUGCUGAUCAACUGUCAAAGCAAGAAGCCUGAACCCACCAGCCAAGGGUCAUCUUUUGUUUCUGAAGAAGGAGAGGAAUACCUACUACUAGAAGAUUUUGAAAGCAAAACGGUUCCAUUGCAAACCCAUGCUGAUUCUGCAAAAUUCACCUGCUCUGAAACAGACUGCAAUGAUAACGUCCCUACUCAUAAAACUCCGGCUUCCUCCCAGAGCAAACAUGGAGUGAAUGGCUUUUUUCAGCAGCAAAUGAUGUAUGACUCUCUGCCAUCGCGCACUACGUCUGUCUCCGUAGACUCCAGCCUUUACAACCUUCCCAGGAGUUACUCCCACGAUGUUUUGCCAAAGGAGUCUCCAUCAAGUACCGAAGCUGAUGGAGAACUCUAUGUUUUUAACACCCCUUCUGGGACAUCCAGCAUAGAGACUCAAAUGAGGCAUGUGUCUAUUAGUUACGACAUUCCUCCAACACCUGGUAAUACUUACCAGAUUCCACGAACAUUUCCAGAAGGAACCUUGGGACAGACAUCAAAGCUCGAUGCUAUUCCGGAUAUUCCCCCCCCUCGGCCACCAAAACCCCACCCAACUCAUGACCGUUCUCCUGUGGAAGUGUGUAGUGUCCCACACGCAGCCCUAGACACUGAUAGUAGUUACUGCAUCCCCACAGCAGGAAUACCACCAUCGCGGAGCAAUACCAUUUCCACCGUGGAUUUGAACAAAUUACGGAAAGAUGCUUGUUCUCAAGACUGCUACGAUAUUCCACGAACAUUUCCAAGUGAUCGAUCUGGCUCACUUGAAGGCUUCCAGAACCACUUUAAAAUCAAAAAUGUGCUGACCAUGGGGAGCGUCUCAAGUGAAGAACUAGAUGAAAACUACGUCCCGAUGAAUCCCAACUCACCGCCGCGACAGCAUUCCAGCAGUUUCACGGAACCAAUUCAGGAGGCAAACUACGUGCCCAUGACACCAGGGACAUUUGAUUUUUCUUCAUUUGGAAUGCAAGUUCCCCCUCCUGCUCAUAUGGGCUUCAGGUCUAGCCCAAAGACCCCUCCCAGAAGACCAGUUCCUGUUGCAGACUGUGAACCACCCCCUGUGGAUAGGAACCUCAAGCCGGACAGAAAAGGUCAAAGUCCCAAAAUUUUAAGACCCAAGCCCCUUGGUUUAGAGCGAACUGAUUCACAAACCAUAGGUGACUUUCCUACAAGAAGAAAGGCCAAGCCAGCACCUUUAGAAAUAAAACCUUUGCCAGAAUGGGAAGAAUUACAGGCCCCAGUUAGAUCUCCCAUCACUAGGAGUUUCGCCCGAGACUCCUCCAGGUUUCCCAUC